AUGCCUCGACUGGGAUCCGAACCCAGUACCUACCAGCCUGUAGACCGAUGGCCUGCCACGACGCCACCGAGGCCGGUAAACUUUAAAAAAAAAAAAAAAACUAUGGGUAGACAGUUGGUUUUAUUGUGUACCGUACUGUGUAAUACAGACAUUUAACAAUCCAGUUAUGUGCAGAUAGUUGGUUUUAUUGUGUACUGUACCAUGUAAUACAGGCAUUUAACAAACCAACUAUGGGUAGACAGUUGGUUUUAUUGUGUACUGUACUGUGUAAUACAGACAUUUAACAACCCAACUAUGGAUAGACAGUUUUAUUGUGUAGUGUAUUGUGUACUGUACCAUGUAAUACAGACAUUUAACAAACCAACUAUGGUUAGACAGUUUUAUUGUGUAGUGUAUUGUGUACUGUACCGUGUAAUACAGACAUUUAACAAACCAACUAUGGUUAGACAGUUUUAUUGUGUACUGUACCGUGUAAUGCAGACAUUUAACAAACCAACUAUGGUUAGACAGUUUUAUUGUGUACUGUACCGUGUAAUACAGACAUUUAACAAACCAACUAUGGUUAGACAGUUUUAUUGUGUACUGUACCGUGUAAUACAGACAUUUAACAAACCAACUAUGGUUAGACAGUUUUAUUGUGUACUGUACCGUGUAAUACAGACAUUUAACAAACCAACUAUGGUUAGACAGUUUUAUUGUGUAGUGUAUUGUGUACUGUACCGUGUAAUACAGACAUUUAACAAACCAACUAUGGUUAGACAGUUUUAUUGUGUACUGUACCGUGUAAUAGACACAUUUAACAAACCAACUAUGGGUAGACAGUUUUAUUGUGUAGUGUAUUGUGUACUGUACCGUGUAAUACAGACAUUUAACAAACCAACUAUGGUUAGACAGUUUUAUUGUGUACUGUACCGUGUAAUAGACACAUUUAACAAACCAACUAUGGGUAGACAGUUUUAUUGUGUAGUGUAUUGUGUACUGUACCGUGUAAUACAGACAUUUAACAAACCAACUAUGGUUAGACAGUUUUAUUGUGUACUGUACCGUGUAAUAGACACAUUUAACAAACCAACUAUGGGUAGACAGUUUUAUUGUGUAGUGUAUUGUGUACUGUACCGUGUAAUAGACACAUUUAACAAACCAACUAUGGGUAGACAGUUUUAUUGUGUAGUGUAUUGUGUACUGUACCGUGUAAUACAGACAUUUAACAAACCAACUAUGGUUAGACAGUUUUAUUGUGUACUGUACCGUGUAAUGCAGACAUUUAACAAACCAACUAUGGUUAGACAGUUUUAUUGUGUAGUGUAUUGUGUACUGUACCGUGUAAUACAGACAUUUAACAAACCAACUAUGGGUAGACAGUUUUAUUGUGUACUGUACCGUGUAAUAGACACAUUUAACAAACCAACUAUGGUUAGACAGUUUUAUUAUGUACUGUACCGUGUAAUAGACACAUUUAACAAACCAACUAUGGUUAGACAGUUUUAUUGUGUACUGUACCGUGUAAUACACAUUUAACAAACCAACUAUGGACAGAUAUAUACUGACUUACACUCAAAUUAGACAGGCAAAGAACCUGAAAGUCAGUAAUAUUAGGUUAUGGACAAUACCAAACAAAACCAGUGGGAUGAACAACUAUCAGGUGAUCACAUUAAUAUCAAAGAAAUGUUCCCAGUAGUGAUAGCUGUGUAAUACUGGGGCGAACUGUUGAGCAAUAAAUUGGUUCUCUUUUUAUCAGACAAUACCACAGUGGUUGCCAUAAUAAACAAGCAGACAUUACCUAAUUCCAAACAAAACCUGGGUUUUAGAUAUAAAAUCACAAUGUAAAUACACACAACAUGUAAACACACAUACUGUCAGAGACAGGAGAUUUUCUGGCGACUCAGUCUUUACAGGAUUUGUUUCAAAACCUAAUUGCAACUGCACAGGAGCAGAGCGACUAAUAGUAGGAUGUGGUUAUUUUGCAAAUUGGAGGAAAUGAUAUAGACGAUCUUGAAGCUAGACCAGAAUGAAUCACAAAGAACAUAAUUUCGAUAGCCGAGUGGUUGAUUUUCGAUGUUCAGUGCAACAUCUUUGCGUGAUGCAGUUGUUACCGAGCAGCACUUUCCGGUAAAUAGAGCUUGUCAUACCACAAGCACAGAGGGUUAAAAGAAAGUGCAGUAAAUGUCUACAGUCGGGAUGGGGUACAUUUGAACGCUGCUCCACGGUCUCCCCGAAUAUUUCAGGAGUGUAUGGGGAGCAGUCAUUACAUCAUACUGCAAGCUCAGUUCAAGUAACAAGCUAAGGUCAAAUUAGGAGCAACAUUAAAGUGGUAACAUAUGCAUUGUUGACAGGUAACCAUGGAAUGGUUAAGAAUAGUAUAAAGAAAAGAUGUUAUAUAUAUAUAUAUGUGGUUGUUAGCAUUGGUAGUUAAUCAUUUUGAUAUUAAUAUCAGUAGAAUAUAACUGAAAUAGUUAAAAAUGAUGUACAUGUGAGCUUUUGUAAGCUACAUAGUUGUGAUUUCAAAGAGUAGGGAUAUUCAGUAGAUCACAUAGUGCAAGUGAAAUUAAUUUGCUACAAGGGUUGUCGUGAACUACUUACCAUGUGGGGUUGACAUAACAUGGAGUAUAGUAGUUUUGUCAAUUAAAAAACCAGUCUUAUCUUUCAGCUAUCUGGUUUGGAGAGACCAGUCUUGCUUUUUCGGAAACGAGCCAUCGAAGAAAGUCAUCGAGGAAUUGACAAGAGACAGAUAACUAAUUUAAUCCUUUUUUUCAUAGUUUUUAUUGACAAAUUUAUGUGAAAACAAAUGUUGGAAUUAUUAUUAAUCAUGUUUUUGUAUUAAAUUAGGUUGGACGUUUCAUUAAUUUGAAGAUUACGAAGGAUUUGGAGCGAAACCUCGCUCGGAGAGAAAGAAAAAAAAGGCGAUUCUUUUAAUUAAAAAAAUUAGACGUUAAUGAUGUAAUUAAUAAAAAAACAACGAAACAAUUUUAAAUAAUUUUUUAGAUUAAACUUAAAGUUUAAACUUUGAUGAUAGAUUAAUUUGUUAGUUAAUUGUGUAGUAAAAUUAUAAAUAUAUAUUAAAGUAGUAUAUUAAUUUUACGUAAGUAAAGACAAACACAACACCAUUAUGGGAAUGUUUUAAUUAAUUGUAAGUGGAUGUUUAUUUAGAAUUUGGAAAAAACUAAUAAUCAUUUUUUUUUCAGAAAUCAUGCCGAAAGCAAAGUAAAAAAAUCCGUCAAGAAAGCCAAAAGCAAAUCAACGGCCGAGAAAAAGCGUCACGGCGGCAGCAGAGCUUGGUGAGGGGAGCAUGGACAUCACAUCGGAGGCACUGGUGAUGCCGGAUGUACAGGUGCCUUGUCCUGUCGAACCGUCGCCAGGUUGGCGAACCGUGAGAAUAUGCAGAUGAAGGUGAAAAGCCACUGGAGGGGUAACGGCCAAUUAUAAUUCGUUUAGAGGUUUACGUUGUAAGAGUGUGUGGAUUUCAGACUUUUGAGUAUGUAAUAAACUGUGGUAUCUCAGUAUGUGCACCACACAGUAUGCCACUUACUUGUCAUUUUGUUUUAUGUAUGGGGGGAGGGGGGAGGGAGAUGAAGGAGAAAGUUUAUUUGUUUUGGUUUGUGUAAGUGUGAUUGUGGCAACCCCGAACUCCUUUAUUAGGAAAUGUACAGGUUCACCCGUACUUGUGUGUUCUGGUCAAAAAGACUUACAACACCUAAAAGGAAUGCCUUUACCAUUGGUAAAAGUAAUCGUUCUCACACAAACUGCUGAUGUGAAAAUACGAUCAUCAUUAUUUCCAAAUCUGUUGCGCAUUAAAGGAAGGGGUAGGACUUUCCUUUGGCACCGUCACGUAUAAAGAACACUAUAAAUACUUAUCAUAAAUAAGAGUUAUGGUUAUGGACAAAAAUGUGGUACGUUAUAGCUGUAAUAUUUAUUAACUUUUAAAAAUUCAUUCUACUGUAUUUGUAAUAGUUAAUCAUCACAAUAUACUUAAAUACAGCUUAAAGUGCACUUUGUUUUAAAGCUAAUAGAAUAUAUUCCAUUAAAUGGGCUAUUAAAGUCAAUAGAUUAUAUUCCAUUAAAUGGGCUAUUAAAGUCAAUAGAUUAUAUUCCAUUAAAUGGGCUAUUAAAGUCAACCCUGCUUUCUUAGCCACAAACUCACUAUAAGACUGACCCUGUGUUUUUUUCAACU